CAGCAGACCGUUUCGUUGGGAAGUAGUAAGAUAGAAGCGCGCCGAGAAUCUAGUGUAAUUAAGCGGCGUCGGGUACCAACUUUAGACUUCCAUCUCAUCUGAAACGGACUAAAUGAAUCCACAGAAAAGCAAGCGGCUGUUCGAGGAUUCUGUUUAUCACACCAAUUUAAAGGAAAGUAAUCAGUACUCCGAGUCGCCAGCGUUUCCUCAGCCAUUUUGACUGCACGCCUGGAGGCUAUUUUUUCUCCUGCUCGUCCUCCGUGAGUAUACACGGUUUGCAAAUUUGUUGCAACUCCGUGCCAAAUAAGUACAGCGAAAUGGGUUCGCUGUCCAGAAUCUAACUGGACUGGGCUCCUUAGCGAAACAAACAAAAGAGACUAAGCGUUGUUUCUUUGACAGAGGAGAGACCAGUCUCUCUUUAAGGAUGGAGUGCUACCUGUUGGGGAUAUACCUGCUUCUUGCACUCGUUGUGUUACAGAGAUCGAGCUGCACCACAGCCAAGGAGAUAACAUGCCAGGAGAUAUCCGUACCUCUUUGCAAAGGAAUCGGCUACAACUACACCUACAUGCCGAACCAGUUCAAUCACGACACGCAGGACGAAGCUGGCCUGGAGGUGCAUCAGUUCUGGCCUCUGGUGGAAAUCCAGUGUUCUCCGGACCUGAAGUUCUUUCUCUGUAGCAUGUAUACUCCUAUUUGCUUGGAGGACUACAAGAAGCCGCUGCCGCCUUGCCGAAGUGUGUGCGAGAGAGCUCGAGCAGGCUGUGCGCCUCUAAUGAGACAGUACGGCUUUCCCUGGCCCGACAGGAUGAAAUGCGACUUGCUGCCAGUGCAAGGCACCCCAGACACACUUUGUAUGGACUACAACAGAACCGAUUCAACGACAGUUUCUCCGGUCCUGUCAAAGCCCACAAAUUAUCCGGUUAAGCCAUUUAAUCCUCACAGAAACAAAAAUGAACAUGGUAGACCUGGUGUACCUGGUAGUAAACACAGACCGGCGGUUUCUCCUUGUGAGCCGGGCUGCCAGUGCCGCGAGCCCAUGGUACAGGUAAACAGUGACCGACACCCGCUUUACAACCGAGUGAAGACCGGACAGAUUCCGAACUGCGCAAUGCCGUGCCAUAACCCAUAUUUUACCCAGGACGAAAGAACGUUCACUGUUUUCUGGAUUGGACUGUGGUCUGUGUUGUGUUUUGUCUCCACGUUCGCGACAGUGGCCACUUUUUUAAUCGACAUGGAGAGAUUCAAGUACCCGGAGAGGCCCAUCAUUUUUCUCUCUGCUUGCUACAUGUUUGUUUCUGUUGGUUAUAUUGUGCGACUAAUUGCCGGUCACGAAAAGGUGGCAUGCAACCGAGAGUAUGACGUGGAGCAUAUUCACUACGAGACCACUGGCCCCGCGCUUUGUACCGUUGUUUUUCUCCUGAUAUACUUUUUCGGCAUGGCAAGUUCUAUCUGGUGGGUGAUUCUGUCACUGACUUGGUUCCUGGCCGCCGGUAUGAAGUGGGGUAACGAGGCUAUUGCAAGUUACUCUCAGUAUUUUCACCUGGCUGCAUGGCUUAUCCCGAGCAUGAAAUCCAUUGCGGUUUUGGCACUGAGCUCAGUGGAUGGGGACCCUGUGGCUGGAAUCUGCUAUGUUGGCAAUCAGAAUUUGGACAAUCUUAGAGGUUUCGUCUUGGCGCCAUUGGUCAUCUAUUUGUUUAUCGGCACAAUGUUCCUUUUAGCGGGAUUUGUUUCCCUGUUUAGGAUCCGGAGUGUCAUCAAGCAAGGAGGGACGAAAACGGACAAGCUUGAAAAACUGAUGAUUAGGAUAGGGAUUUUUACAGUGCUUUACACUGUACCUGCAACAAUCAUAGUUGCGUGUUACUUUUAUGAACAGCACAACAGGCAGACUUGGGAGAUUACACACAACUGCCACUGCCUGUUGGAACAGGGGCUCAAUAAACCGGACUACGCUGUCUUCAUGUUGAAGUACUUUAUGUGCCUUCUCGUGGGCAUCACAUCGGGGGUGUGGAUUUGGUCUGGGAAAACGCUGGAGUCCUGGCGAACCUUUUGCACAAGGUGUUGCUGGGGCAGCAAAGGCACGAGCGGGUCCAUGUACAGUGACGUUAGUACAGGACUGACUUGGAGAUCGGGUACAGCGAGCUCAGUGUCUUGCCCCAAACAGAUGCCAUUGUCGCAGGUUUGAAGAAAGCCCGUGGGCGGCGAAUUGCGCUGAGAAUUUCUGUCCUGCUAAUUACCACACUAAUAAACUUUCUCCAGGAGUUCUAUUAGACAGGAGUAUAGGAACCGGUUUGAUCAAUUAGCAACACUGAAUUCAACCCAUUUAUAUGCACAUGACUAGCAAUGGGUCGCUCAUUGGAAAGUACAGGGCAUUGUCAUUUCCUGGCUUCGAGCACAGAAGCAGUUGUUUUUACUUGGUGUUCCUCUCAGCAAACGUGGUAUUGUUUAACCCUAAAAAGUGUCAACAAUCAUUAUCAAAGAUGGUCGAAUUAAGCCUUAAUGUCUUAGUACCCAAAUAUUAUACGGGUUUUUAUUGCAAAAUGUAUUUAUAUAAUUAUUAUGUACAAACUUGUAAAUUGUGUAUAGAUUGAAAUUUAUAGGAUAUUGUAAAUAUGUAUAAAGUGUAGAUGUCACUUUGUGAGAACAAAUAUGACUUUAUUUUGACAAUAAAACCAUUUUUGAUAAAUGUA